GGGUGGUGCACCACACACUCAAAUCCAGCCCUCGUCACAAGGAAACAUGGGAUCCCAAGUUGAUGCAGCAGACGUCAAAAUCGAAUUUCAAAUCCAACCCACAUCACAAGGAAGCAUGGGAUCCCAAGUCGAUGCAGCAGAAAUCUACAUCGAAAGGCCCAGACCAAUGGCAUCAGAGGAUCCUGUUAACGAUCUGUUCGAGAAAGCUAUGAGAGGCGACUGGGAUUAUGUGGUGGAGCUGUUCGAGAAGAAACCGGAGAUGCAGAAUGCUUAUCUCACCCGAUCGAAUGACACAGCAUUGCAUAUUGCUGUUUCUGACAACAGAACUGAUGUUGUGGAGAAGCUUGUAGAGAUCGUGAAGAGAAAUCCUGAAACCAAGCUGGAGGAUAUGGUAGAUGGGGGAAGGACACGCCACUCCACCUAGCGGCGGCCCAAGGGAACAUCAGGAUGUGCCGUUGCAUGGCGCAGAACAAUCUGAAUCUGAUCAAAGCGCGGAACAAGGACGGAGAGACACCACUAUUCUUGGCCGUUCUCCAUGGCAAGGCCAGUGCCUUCCUAGAUCUACAUAGGGAGCUACGUAAGACUGGUGGGUCAGAUGCCGACGACAUCAUCCAUUGUAGAAGGAAUGAUGGGGACACCAUUCUUCAUGUGGCCAUAGGAGAGGAAUACUAUGAUUUAGCAUAUGACAUAAUUCAGAAGUACCCCGUUCUCGUUGAUAGAUAUAACACUAAUGGGCAAUCGGCUCUCCAUCUUCUAGCUACCCAUCCUUCAUCCUUCAAAAGUGGAAGCAACUUGAUAGCAAUAGAAAAACUCAUUUAUAAAUGUAUGAUUGUUUACCCGCUGAAAUUGGAAACUACUACAUUCAAGGAUGAAAUUUUUAAACCUCUUUUCAAAGCACCAGGAAAUUACCAAACCAUCACUGACUUCUUUAAGCUAUUGUGGAAUAUAAUUGGGAUUUUUGUUGCCUUAAUGCCACAGGUGAAUAUCAACAAAGCGAAGGGAGCAAACACGCCUGAUGCGAGUAGUACAUGUGCAGCCAAGAUUGUUUCCAAUGUUCCAAACCAGUAUAAUUUCAUACCUUUGCUUACUGGGUCUAACUUUAAGAAAAUGAAGCACUAUUUAGGAAAUCGAUUUUCGGGUCCUGCAGAAGAUUGCACACAAUUUAAAGAAUGA